GACGUGCGAUCAGCUGACCAAACAGGAAGUAAUUUGAACGCUUCACCGAGAUUUGAGGAUUGCAUCGUUGUUAAUGUUUACAUAGUUAUGUUGUGGAGUCACUGGGAUUUACAUGGAUAAAAAGAAAAGUUAUAUCAAGCUUAUAGAGUGUGUGUGAAUAGUUUUAUAGACAACAUGUUACAAAGCAGCUCUUUUUUUACUGUUGCUAUAUUUAGUUACGGAAUUAAUGAUUUAACUGUUAAACAAAAAACAAUUGGCUCGUGCGGGUUUGGGCUGCAUCAGCUCUGAAUCCGUGAUGGUCUAAACAUUUCCAUAUAUAGGCUUUGGAUGUGCUUCUGGCUGCAGAGCCUUGAGUGGAAAUGUAAACAGUAAUAGAAUCCCACGUGGACACACCAAAACAUUUAAAAAAAAAAAAAAAAAAAAAAAUCCGCAACCAUGUCGUCGCCUGAGCAGCUUAUCGAGAUCGUUAUGGACAACAGAUCGUAUAACGUGAGCAAGAGCAAGCUGAUCGAGAAGAGCGACUACUUCCGGGCGCUGUACAGCUCUGGCAUGCGGGAGGCUGGAGAAGAUUCAGUGCAACUGCAAGGACUGAGUGUACCAGGGCUCGAGCUCGUCCUGGAGUUCAUUAACACCUCGAAAGUUCAGGUGGUCAACGAAACCCUGGAGGAUCUCAUCGAGACGGCGUCUUUCCUGCAAGUGACACCCAUCCUCAAGCUGCUUCUGUCUGAAAUCCGCCCAGACAACUGUGUCGAGGUCUUCAACCUGUCCGAGGUCUACGGCGCCCACGAGCUGCGCACGGCAUGCCUGAAGUUCAUGAGCUGCCACUACCACCCCAUGCUGCGCAGACCCGAGUUCCACGCGCUGCCAGCUGAACUGCGUGAGCAGGUCAGGGAGAUGCGGAUGAGGGGCACGGCCACGCUGGUGGUAGUCGGAGACUUCGUGGGCACCUGCCUGGACCUCGCUGAUCAGGACGAGCCGUGGUCCAUGCUGCGUUACGUGGAGCGAUAGCAGCGCUGGAAGCCGCUCGCCAACAACCUCCCUCCGGACAUGGUUAACGUCAGAGGGUACGGGUCAGCUGUUCUUGACAACUACCUUUUCAUCGUGGGUGGCUACAGGAUGGCAAGCCAAGAGAUUGCUGCAGCACGUUGUUACAAUCCAUGCAGAAACGAAUGGACUCACAUAGCUCAUCUGAACCAGAAAAGGGCGAACUUUAAGCUGGUGGCAGUGAGUGGGAGGCUGUAUGCGGUUGGAGGACAUGGUCUGAGUGCGGUGGAGUGCUAUGGUCCUGAGCAGGAUUGGUGGACCUGCGUUUCCUCCAUGCCUGAUCCUCUGACUGAGUUCUCUGCAUGCGAAUGCCAGGGCAUGAUCUACGUCAUGGGUGGCUACACAGCCAGAGAAAGGAACACGAACGUGUUGCGCUACUGCCCCGCGUCGGACACGUGGUCCGCGUUGCGUACGUGCUCGGCCCACGUGCGGAAGCAGCAGAUGCUGUCCGUGGAGGACGUCAUCUACCUGGUGGGCGGCUACACGCGUGAGCUGGAGAAAGCCGAGGCCGCGAGGGCCAACCCUGCCGAGGACGCGCUGACGGUGCAGUCUUACAACGUGCGCACAGGUGAGUGGCUGCAGCUGCGUGCGAGCGCCUCCAAGUCCGGCCUGAACCUGACGUGCGCUCUGCACAACGACGGCAUCUACAUCAUGAGCCGCGACGUCGGCCCACGCACCAGCCUCGAGCACCGCGUCUUCCUCAAGUACAACGUGUUCAGUGAUGCCUGGGAGGCCUUCCGACGCUUCCCGGCACUUGGCCAUAACGUGCUGCUCUGUUCCCUGUACCUGCCCAACAUCCUCUAAAGGUUCGAAGAUGUUUAAAAUAAUUUUAAAAAACGAAGAUAAUUCGAGGUUCAGGUUCGUGAUCAAGGAACUGAGAUUCGGAUGCACGCUACAGAAGGUGGACUAAUUAGUCCAUAAUUGCGCUAUAACAUACCCGACUCCAUGGUCAUGCCUCUGAUAGCAUUAACAGACAAGUGAAUGGAGGAACGUCGUGUUACCGUGUUGCUGAAUACGCAGGAAUGCGCUUACUUAACAUGCCACUUACUUCCUGUAUCCUGGCAAUCCAGGAUAUAUCACUGUGUCACUCGUGCACGAGCGACGCCCGGCUCUGAAGGGCGAGUGGUUUUUUACUCGACCACCAUCGUGACGGAACACUAAGAGUGAAAAAGUGUUAAUAGUCAUAACUUUGGACCAUAACCUGUUUAAAAAGCAAACUACCACUUUUAAGCCUUAAAUUUGCACAUCUGGCACACAAAAAAAGCUUGACCAAAACAGCUGUGAUCUUUUGUCUUUUAUCGUUGAAAAUAAUGAUUACGUUGAGGGCCUGUGCGUGUAUAUAUAUAUAUAUAUAUAUAUAUGUAUGUGUGUGUGUGUGUG